AUGACCGCUCUCUCUUCUUUCCUCAAAGCCUCAAGAAAGCCUGAGGUGUAUCCUAUCGUCGGUAUUCUCGGUGUUGCUCUUUCCGGUGCUGUCUUCUUUAGCGCCCGUGCUAUUAGAGCUCCUGAUGUCGCCUGGAAUCACAAAGCUAACCCUCACCCAUGGCAAGAAAUUAAGGAUGGUGAACAAGUCAAAUUAAUUGCCUUGAACCAAAAAUAUGAUCAUCGUUGGGAACGCAAGCAAUGGUAA